UGCAUAAAACAAACGUCUUUGACAUAUCAUUUUCUUCCUUUCUGAAACAGACAACUGGUGCUGCUAGCUAUUCAAAAUUUGUGAGCCGUGAAAUGAGCAAAGCUGAAGCACUUUCGAAGGUUAUACUGUCAACAUUUGAUUCAGUGGCGGAUACAUAUCGAGCAUUGCUACCAGAGGGCACACCAAUGGAGUUUCAGCGAAUUUUUGAGCUUAAGGGUCUAAAAAAAGCUGAUCAGCAAAGUGUACAAGAUGACUUCAACAAACAUGGGCCCGGGAUCACACAACCCUCUAUCAUGCCAUCAGUAGUCCCAGCGGCAGCUCCUGUGAUACCCAGUCCGGCUUCAAUCGGACUAGUUGCUUCCCGAGAGGAUGUGUUAACCAGAGCAGCUGCACUUGGAAGAUGUGCUGCUACAACAGGGUUCAAGAGGUUCCUUGCUUUAACAGAUGCUGCAAAAGAUCGCAAAGAUGGGCCCUUUAGAAAGCUCUUUAAUCCAUGACAGCAUUUGAAUCCCAAUUUUACAUGCAGUUUUGGUACUGGUGCCAUUCGU